UGAUAAUUAAAUUAAAAUUUAUGAAAAUCGCGAGCUCUUCUUUUUUUAAAUUUAAAUUAAAUUGAAAUAGGAUUAAUUAAUUAAAUUAAAUUAAACAAAUAUAUUCUACUCCCUUCCCUGAGGCAUGGCGUGAUAAUUCACGCGUGACGUGUCCUCGCGAUAUCGGAUCCGAUUUUCAAGCCGGCGCGGACGCUCGACGUCCAGCGUCGGUACGUUUGUCCACGCUACUUCCGACUGCACCGCGCUAGAAACCACUCGAAACGUCGUCAACCCCGCCGCCGACAUUGAAAACGGCCGUUAUUCCGGCCUUCCACCACUUUUCGAUUAAACAUCAAUCCGUUUUCUACGCGGGGACGAUCUUCAGUCCUCUCUUCAGCAUCCCGGAGUGCGGCCGAGCGAAAGCGGCAGGUGCGUGCGUUCGCAGCUUUCGUCUCGAUCCGUCCGCGUCGUUCAGGUCCAACCCCUGACAUGAUUUUGCUCGCGGAGCAUGCGCAAGGCACUAGAAUACUCGGCGUCGUCUUCGUCGGACGGCUGCAGCUGCUCCAACGACAGCCACUGCGCGCUGACUAGCCCCAGGUCGGACCCGGGGAUGUCGUCCAAACCAUCCGCCCCCCACUACCAGUCGCAGGGAUGCUGGGGCAGUCAGGAGUUCUACGGGGAGAACAACAACGUGUACUCCAAGUACGACCAGUACUCCAAGUACAAGCAGGCGGGGUCGUACCCGUCGGGCCAUCACCAGGACUACUACAGGAAGGAGCAGAGGAAGCAGUCGGGCUCCGCUGGGCUGGAGGUGAUGAAGAAGAGGCGACUGGCGGCGAACGCGAGGGAGCGCCGCAGGAUGAACAGCCUGAACGACGCGUUCGACAGGCUGAGGGACGUGGUGCCCAGUUUGGGGAACGACCGGAAGCUGAGCAAGUUCGAGACGCUGCAGAUGGCGCAGACGUACAUAGCCGCGCUACACGAGCUGCUUCAGCGCGACUGAGUGUGUGAGUGUUUGGUGACGCGCGCAGGUAUGUCGUGGUUUUUGGGUUAGGUUUGGUCUGCCCCGAGUUCAGGUCGGGACUCGAUUGGUCCGUGCAAUAUUAGCCGUUAAGAAUAUCAAGGAAAACCGUGUGCAAUAUAAAAUGUUGAUAUUUUUAAUAUUAGUUCUAGGAUCAGGCGUGUAUUUGUGGGCGGGGAAUUUUUGGUUAGGAAACGAGUAAACGGGUCAGUAAGAAAGUUGCCGUUUAAAAAUAGAUCUCCCGGCAUUGGUGGCGUGAGAAGUUUCCGACUUCAAAAAUGUUUUGCUUUAUUUUCCAACGCCACUCGUCCACUUCUCAUAACCGCGUUCUAAUUCUUCUUCUUGUUCUUCCUCUUCAACCUUUCACGUGCAAGGCGUAGGGAGGUUCAAUCAGUUCAGCGAUGAAAGAAAUUUUUUUUUCGUUCAAUUUGCACCUCCUGCUUCAAACGUUGCAAUAACUCUGCGUGGUAUUGGCCAGUGAAAAUCUUUUCAAUGCAUAUAACCUUGUUUGCCGAUAAGUCUUCUUCGGAGUUGGUUCCCCUUUUGCGACCCACUGUUUUGACUGUUCCUUAUUUGCAGGAGCGUAGUGAUGCACCUUGCAUGCAGCUUUCUUAUACUAUAUAUGUCGCACGCGUUCAGCUGUCAUCUCACAGGUCUCAGCUAUCUCACGACUUCCAACACAAUCAUUUUUGAAGUUGAAGUGAAUUCUCGUCAAUACGAUGGGAAGACUCACCCAGUCUCUUCUUUAAUUUGUUUCGGUGUGAAACCUUUCAAAUCUUGGUCAACCAGUGGCGUUCGCGGAACUAGUUUAAUUAAUUUAAAUAAUAAAAAAAAGCGACACGCCAGUGGUCCGUGGCGAUUUUACUAACAAACGACGACCACGUACCGCGGACGCCACUGAUUAUUUUAUCCGUGCUACAAAAGCGGCGUCCCAAAUCUAGAAGGGAUUUUUUUUUAAAUACGAACUUUUUUGCUUGUUUGUAGCUAAAGAAUCCGUCAUAAAGAAUCUACUCAGACUGUAGUUUAACGACCAUUAAAAAGGCCUUAAAACACUUAUCGUUUUCUCGUGUUCCAAAGUUUUCUUGACGAAAAACGUGUUGGUCUAAAAAUACCAGAGAACGUAAUUAAGAAGCGUUCUAAAUUUGCAUUUCGGAGUUUUUGAAAAAAAUAUAAUGGCUACCUUUGUAAUCACUCGGUGGAUAGAAUUUUUCGAAAGCAAGUAAGAGUUGCUGCAGUAUUGUUCGAAAAAUACGAUCAGCGUUGCCGGAACGUCUAACGAGGUCACUUUUACGAGAUGUUUCGAUAUUUCCAUAUUUCGUUUCUUCGACCGAAACGCUGAUAUCUUCGCCGGUACCAAUUUUAAAAAGUUCUUGUGGUCUGUGUUGUAAUAUUUAUGAAAAAACCCUUGAUUCGUUUUUCAAUGCCGGGUUUUUAAUCUUUUGUUAUCUGCAAUUCAAAAUGCCCGCCAAAUCGGUCAUAUUUUGCUGCCAUGCGUGUGAAAAAAAUUCCAAUAUAUGUAUUUUUUUAAUUAAAACAACAGUAUGACAAUAAUUGACUUUGUCCGACGGUCCCGAGGACUAGUACGGUACUGGAAUUUUCCUCCUCACUUUCGUACCUUCCAGAAUUAGAAUGUCUCUCGACUGUAACGGCAUUUUACGUUUACUGGGUAUUUUAUAUACGGAUAUUUUUAGUCGCCUAUGUUUGGGGUAUCUGAUUAGUAAUUUUUGUUUUCGCGUUACAACGAUACCGGGUGUUUCGGAAAACGCGAGUCGCAAAAUAAGUCAAUUAAAAAACCAGCGGCGCCGCUGUUCAGUUUUCAACGAAACAUGCGGCGCCCGUGAAACACCCUGUAUACGAACGCUAGUGCAAUACGUAGUCGUAAUAUAUAAUUAUAAUAUUUUAUUCGGUGAUACGCAAUUAAGUGCAAUAUAUAUAUUAAAUAUUAGGCGUAAGUUGUUAUCUAACUGUGUAAUUUUACGUAUACAGAUACAGGGUGUUCGGACAUGGAGUUCGCAAACUCAGAGGAAAUAUUCAACGUGCUAAGAUAAUGGCAUUAAUAUCGUAUAUUCGUAUAAUCGACUUUUUUAUUCUCGACCCGGAUACCCCGUACAUCUAAUUUACUGAAAGGAUAUCGUGAUAUGAAUUUUUGAAGUGAAAAUUUUUCAAAACAGUAUGCUACAAAUUAAAAAAUUUUAAAACAAGUCGAUGCUAUAACGCGUUUAAUUUAAGUGACACGAAUACCUUCAACAUUUCCUGAAAUAAAAAAUUAUUAAUGAUAUUCGGGAAUUAAACAGUAUACAACGUUAAAUACAAUUCAUUUUCAAAAUACCCACCGUUCAUUUCUAAACAUUUUCUUAUAAAUUUUGAAAAAAUAACACGACAAAAUACGUGUAACCUAUUUCUAUUAUUUUUUGUCGUAGAUCAUUGAUAUCUGCUAUGGGUGUUUCAUACACUAAAUACUUUAAGUGCUCCCAAAAAAGAAGUCCAUCGGAUUAAGGUCUGGUGAGCGAAGUGGCCUAGCUAGAGGUCCGCCCCGACCUAUCGCCAUCUUGCAUUAACAUGUUUUGUCUGCACUGCAAGGGUACAUCUUCAAGCAAAAGUGGUGGUUCCUCUUGGAGGAAUUACAAAAUACAUUUCCUCAUGAGGUGAGGUGCUAUAAGAUUAUCGCCUAUAAUCCCUGCCCAUACAUUUAAAGAAAACCAACGCCGAUGUUGGCUUCUCAUGUUUCACUCUCAAUUGCCCAUCACCCUUGUACAGUGCUUAAACCCUUUCAUGAAAGUGCCGAAUAUCAAUUUAAUUCAAAACUUCCCAAGCAAUUCUUUCUGCAUUCUGCAUUUCCCUUUGCUCUUCAGUAGCAACAAUGCAUAUCGCGAUGAUGAUGAUAAAAUUCAAGUCGUGAAUCAAAAAUCGAUAACGCUUAUCGACUUAAAACGAGAGCAACAAUUUUUGAAGAUUUGUGAUUCUGCUUCUGUUCUAUUUUGCAAUAUCAGUCCAAAUAAUUAAAAUGCAGGCAAAAUUAAAAAAAUAUUCCAGAAAAAGCGCCCUCUGGUGACAGAUUUAUGAAACGAAUACCAGCCAAAUUAAGUCCCCUGCGUUAAAAAUAAAAUUAAAAAAAAAUACGACUUCGAAUGUGUGUUACAUGACGUACUAACAUUAUUUUGCCGUUUUACCUCCAAUUUUCCGAAUUCAUUUUCAGAACA